AUGCAGUUCUCCGCCGCAUUCUUUGCCCUCGCCUCUGCGCUUCUCUUCAUCGCCCCUGCCAGUGCUGCGACGUUACAGACUGACAUCGCCUGCACCCCAUUGUCCGCCUGCAACGGCAACAACCAUUACAACGCCGGUCAUUCAUGCAAGUAUUACCUCAGCGGCUGCUCAGGAAGUGUACUCGAGGGCCGUAAGUUGUUUACCACUAUUGUCAAGUGA